AUGCUGCAGCCCGAACAAAGACGGGAUGCCUCCACCGGGCCGAAGACAACAACAGAAGACCACAGCAGCGGCAUAAACCAGAAGCCGCCUCCUCAAUCCCGCGUCGUGCCAGGCUACAGCGACGAGCAAUCGCAGGCCGGAGAACAAGCCUCGACGUGGCGGGGCAUCACGAGCAAAGUCGCUAACGCAUCAAAGUCAGUCUCGUCGGUGGGAGACAAGAUCGCCGACUACGUGAUACCGGACUGGGUCAAGAUUCUGCCAGGUUUUAUGGCCAAGCUUCAAAAUGAGCUGUCAAUGGCACCAGGAUCGCUGGCGGAAGAAAUUUGGUUCGAGGCCAAUGACCCGGAGGUCAAUCCCGAGAUCAUCUGGGAUGCGUCUGUCCGCGUAUCCAGCGAGCUCUGUGACGAGGAGAAGGAGUUCCUAUGGAAGAGACAGCUGUUCACAAGGAGAGCUCUAGCAAAAUAUCUCGACCUUCCGGAGGACAAAAUCCAUUCAGACGAUGUUCCCGUCAUUGCAAUGUGCGGCUCGGGAGGGGGACUGCGAGCCCUUGUCGCUGGCACGUCGUCGUAUCUCUCAGCACACGAAGCUGGGCUUUUCGACUGUGUAACAUAUACCGCCGGUGUUAGUGGCAGCUGCUGGCUUCAAACGCUCUACUAUUCGUCCAUGACCGGCCGGAGCCAUGCCCGCCUCAUUAGGCACUUAAAGAACAGACUGGGAGUCCACAUUGCAUUCCCUCCGGAUGCACUCGAUCUUCUCGCUAGUGCGCCCACUAACAAAUAUCUGUUAAGUGGAUUUGUGGAGAAGGCCAAGGGGACUCCCGACGCGGAUUUCGGUAUCGUCGACAUCUAUGGCCUGCUUCUUGCAGCUCGACUACUUGUCCCCAAAGGCGAGCUCUCCGUCGACGAGUAUGACUUCAAGGUCUCCAACCAGCGACGAUAUACGGACGAUGGGUCCCACCCUCUUCCAAUCUAUACUGCGGUCCGCCAUGAGAUUCCCCUCUCGGAGCAGUUAGAUAUGAAGGAUCCCGCCGCCGCAGAAGCAAAGGCAAGAAAAGAAUCGUGGUUCCAGUGGUUCGAGUUCACACCCUACGAGUUCUGGUGCGAAGAGCUCGAAGCCGGCAUCCCAACCUGGGCCAUCGGGCGCAAAUUUGAGAACGGCAGAACCGUAUGGCGAGACAACGGGCUCGCCCUCCCCGAAGUUCGCGUCCCCCUCCUCAUGGGCAUAUGGGGCAGCGCCUUCUGCGCCACUCUCUCACACUACUAUAGAGAAAUCCGUCCCGCAGUCAAAGGCCUUACAGGAUUCGGCGGCCUCGACGAAAUGAUCUCCGAACGGAACGAUGACCUCAUAAAACUCCAUCCUAUUGAUCCCGCCGCCAUCCCCAACUUCGCCCUCGGCAUGCGACCAUUCCUAGCCCCAACCUGUCCAGAAAGUAUCCUAAAGGCCCAGAAUCUGCAAUUGAUGGACGCAGGUAUGAGCAACAACCUCCCUAUCUACCCGCUCCUCCGCCCGGGCCGUAACGUUGAUAUACUCAUCGCAUUCGACGCAAGCGCCGAUGUCAAAACAGACAACUGGCUCAAAAUUGCGGACGGCUAUGCGCGACAACGCGGUAUCAAAGGAUGGCCCGUUGGCGCGGGUUGGCCUCCCGCUAAUGAAACUCUGGAGGAGAUCCAGCACGAUCUCGACAAUGCUCAAGCGGACACGGAAGUACAAGCGCAGAAGAAAAUGCAGGAAGCGAAAGACAAAGACGCCGCUAGGAAAGAACAACUGGAUGGUAAAAGUAAGGAUUUGGGAUACUGCAAUAUCUGGGUCGGUAGCACUGAAGAACGCACAAGCGAAGAUGAACCCCCUGAAUCUAAAAUCGUGGAGGAGGACUGGGAGCUCAUGAAGCCGGACGCUGGUAUCACGGUCAUAUAUUUCCCGUUCCUAGCUAACCCAAAAGUUGAUGGCGUUGACCCAAAGACGUCUGACUUCAUGUCGACGUGGAAUUUCGUUUAUACGCCCGAGCAAAUCGACGCGGUUGUUGAGCUUGCGAGAACGAAUUUCUCAGAGGGUAAGGAGAGAACGAAGAGGACGGUAAGAGCGGUGUAUGAGCGGAAGAAGAGGAUCAGGGAGGAGGGUGAACGGGAAGAGAAGGAGAGGAAAAAACGGUGGAAAUUGAGAAUGGGGAGGCAGCUGGGAAGGAGGAUUGGGGAGAGUGAUCAUGGAGAUCAUUUUAGUUGA